GUCUAAGUCGCCUUUUGACAGGUUUGACGAGGGAAACUUUGUACGCUGCUCAAGUGGAGGCAGCCACAUUUGCACGUCGCGGGUAGUCACACCAUCGUCACGCUUCACGUCGCGUUUUUGAGCGCGUUUCAACUCAUACUGUCCGCCACAUCAUCGGCAUAGCCAACAUCAACACUGACGGGUUACCGGGUCUUACCGUAACUCGUUCCUGCAAGAUGGCCAAGAGGCGACGCGUGGUAGGGAGCAGUAGCGAAGCCGAAUCCAACGGAUAUGAACCCGCACGAACUAAAAGGGUUCAAAGAAAACCUCGGACAGCGAAAACAGCGAAACCGAAGUUAACGAAACGGACAGCCGCUGCAGAUAACGCAUCGGAUGAUGAUGGCACCAAUAUUGCGACUGCAGACCAGCGGCCUCAUGCUGUUACCCUGCACGAGAUCGCUGAGCCGGAGGCCAUUCGUGUGGCACUCCUAGCUUGGUACGAUCAAGUGCACACAACACGCGGUAUGCCAUGGCGCAAACCGUAUAACCCUGACUUCGGGCCUGAAGAACGAGCACAGAGAGCAUACGAGGUAUGGGUGUCCGAGAUUAUGCUACAGCAAACACAAGUCGCAACCGUUAUACCAUACUACAAUAAAUGGAUGAAGAAAUUCCCAACCAUACGGGACCUUGCUGCAUCAGACAUAGAGACGGUCAACGGCUUAUGGAAGGGCCUAGGUUACUACUCUCGCGCCGCAAGAUUACUGAGCGGCGCGCAAAAGGUUGUGAAAGACCUGCGCGGCCGUCUCCCAGAUAAUGCGAAGGACAUGGAAGCCAAGAUACCCGGGAUCGGUCGUUACAGCGCGGGUGCGAUAUGUUCAAUUGCUUACAACCAGUGUGUUCCAGUGCUCGAUGGCAAUGUCCACCGUCUUCUGAGCCGCGUGCUGGCUUUGCAUGCCCCCCCUAAAGUGAAGCAAACUUUGGAUAUACUGUGGAAUGCAGCCACUGCAAUGGUCGAAGGCACUCACCGACCGGGCGAUAUCAACCAAGCGAUGAUCGAGCUCGGAAGCACGGUGUGCAAAGUCCGGGAGCCUGCCUGCGAGACUUGCCCGAUCCGACCCUGGUGUCAGGCCUAUGCAGUGUCUCGAGGAUCGACCAAGGCGGACGAAGUGCCUGACAUCGAGGAGCUCUGCGCGUUGUGCGAGCCCUUGCCUGUGCCGGAAGGUAAUCCCGGUCUCGUCAACGCGUUCCCUAUGAAGGCAGAUCGUAAGAAAGCGAGAGAAGAGCUGGACAUUGUGAAUGUCAUCGAAUGGCGUUCAUCGAUAAAUGACGAUGGACGGUGGUUUCUGCUGGUUCGACGACCCGAAACUGGACUCUUGGCUGGCUUGCACGAAUUCCCUACCAAACCGGAUGUGCCUGCGGAUAUCUCGGCAGCUGAGACGGCGCAGAUACCACAAGCAUUGCUGUCCAGUUUACUCAAGAAGCCGCCCCUGCCUCUAAAACCCAGGAAGAGCAACACCAAGACUCCAGCUGAAGACCCCCUCCGUAUAGUGCAAAUCAAAUCUGCCGGUGACGUGCUCCAUGUCUUCUCCCAUAUCAGAAAGACAUAUCGAGUACAAUGGGUCGUACUCGAAGGCGGCGCGAAGUGCCCUGAAUUGCUGCCAUUCUGUGUGCCCUCGGAAUCGGGGGUAGCAAAGGUGCCGCGUGGUCGCACCAAGAAGCCCAAGCAGCAAGACGUGGAUAGCGAUAGCGAUGCUGUCCAGAUCACGGAGAAGCUCGAGGCCCGGUGGUUGCCACUGACCGAAGUUGCCAAAGCAAAUAUUGGCACCGGCGUUCUGAAGGUCUGGAACAAAGCAAACGAGCUGUGGCAGUCGGUGUGA